AUGCGCUUCUCCGCCAUCGUCUCUGCCCUCCUCGUCUCUGCUGCUGCCGUCUCCGCGGCUCCAGGCACCACUGCUUCGGCGGCAAUGCAGAGCGUCAACGACAGCGCGAAUGCUGCCAUGAAGCAGCUCGAGGCCCUUGGCUGCAGCUACCUGAAGUGCGUUUCUGCGCUGGCCGGUGAAACCGCUGCCUGCGGUGCGGCUGCUGCUGAACUCGGUGCCAACAUUCUGGCUGACCUGGCCUGCUUUGCCUCUGUCGGAAACAACAUCGCUGGCGUAGACAAAGACGUCUUUAAGAAUUCUUGUAGAAUAUGCUCAUACAUCCCCAAGCAAAAGAAGGGAUUUUUAAGCUUGCUGUUGGAUUCAUUCACUACUACUACCUGCCUAGAGAGCCCCGCUGUGGUCAUCGGGUCUUGCAUUCUCAACGCUGACGCCUCUCUUACUUUUCUACGCUUGGUCUAUGUUACUCAUUCUUACAAAUGUAACCUGCAUCGCUUAGGCAUAUCUCUUCGCAUCAGAAAGCUCUCCAGCCGCUUUGGCUUUGGAAAAGCCAGGAGACAGCGAGAAGAAGAGGAAGCUCGAAUCAAAGCCCGCGACAAAACCAUUGACAGUCUGUACCAGGUCUUGAGCCUUGUUCACAGAUAUCCGGGUCUCUAUCUCGAUGACGAACUUGCAAGAUCCUUCCACAUCUCCCUUGAGGAUCUAGAGCUGAACGAAGAUGGCACCUAUUCGGCAUCUAAUGACCAAUACUUCUUCAAGCCGUGGUCGUUCGCCCAACUACAAGCUCACCCCUUCGACCAGAAUGACGAAUACUCUCAAUGGUCACUCAGGAACACAUAUUCCUGGUGGGGACGAUUUCAGCCUAGUAACGAGAGCUAUAUUUCGGGCGCCGAAAUGUUGGAGUCACAUCUGCGCUGGGUAGCCGGGGGAUGUGCGCGAAUUGUCCCUGAGGGGAACAGGAGGACAUAUCUCUUGCGACUAGCCAAUUGGAGAAACAAGAUAUUGUAUUGCCCCGACGUGGUCCAUGAGAACUUUCUUCUCAUGCUGAUUGAUGGUCGAGAAUUUGCGUCCCGAGAAGGAUGGAUUGCGCCUGAUUCACAGCGUGAAAACGAGCCUCAUGUCAUGAUCACAAUGGAACAUUUUUAUGCAGGCGAUGAGAAGAUUUCCCGCGGAGAGAUUCUGGCAAUUCUUGCGGUGAUGAUGACACAACUUGAUCACGAUACUCUUCAAAGCCAUUACAUCACCCCUUCUCAUGUGACUAACAACGGACUUGUCAUUCGAAAGACCAAGCUCCACAGUUUCCAAACGUUACAGGAUCUUAAACAAUCAACUGAUCUUUUCUCGAGAUAUAUGGCGAGUGAUAGGGUCGGGGAUACGCGGCAGUUUGUUUCGUUCGAUGUCGAGAGUCUGCCAAAGAUGCCGGUACCUACUUCAGAAAUUACCGCUUCCAAAUCAGAGAUCAUUGCAUCAGCUUCGGAAAACGUCGCACCCUCCUCACGACAGGAUAUCGGUGAAGGUUAA